AUGUACGAUGUGAGCAAGAUCAAGAAGGUCGUGAUUCUCAAUAUCGCAACUGUCUUGCCGGAAGUUUUCCUACCGCCAAGGUUCGAUGGCCCUGUUGAGGACCCCGUCCCCUCCUCCUCCACCGCGACGCUCGACGAACGCCUUCCUCCAUCGCCUCACACAAGCCGUCCUGGCUCCCCUCCUGCCAACUCCUGCCAUGGCACGUCGCCGAGCUGCCGAGGCCACGGCGCGGGGCCUCCUCUGUGGCGCAGCGCGCGGCUCGCCCGCCGAGGCAACAAGGGUGGCAACCCGGUUGCUGCGGCUGGUACGGUGCCCCUCAGGCGGCUCGGCAUCGUAAUGAACAGCUUCCUGGAGAUGGAGCCGGAGCAUUCCGACGCCGGGGGCUCUGCGCAGUCCGCGGCUGAGCACUACUUGGACCUCUUCACGGGACCCUCUCACAGGCGGUGAUUCAGGCGAUCGCCACCCUCAGUGGCCUUGAUCCCCCGGUGACCCUGCCGUCCGUCGCCACUCUGGACAUGGCUGGCUCCGUCACCGCCUCUGCCCAGUGAAUCACUUGCUCGUGCUCCUCGCCACCGUCGACGACCCUUAUUUUAUCAUGUUGCAUGUUGCUGUUAGUCCUCAUUACUAUUCGUGCCUAGUUGUGUGCUCGCUGCUGUGGGAUGGCAUGGCCCUUGUCGAGCUCUAUUCUUUUUCCAUCAAAUGUGUAUGUUGCUACUGCUGAUGUUUGCUACCAUGGGAUGACACGGCUGAACCUGUUCUAAUUAUAUUAA